AUGCGCGUGGGUCCGAAACAGCUAAUGUGUCUCGCAAGGGCGAUUUUGAGGAAAAACAAGAUCAUCGUGAUGGAUGAAGCUACCGCUAAUGUUGAUUCGAAAACCGAAAGAUCGAUCCAUCAAACCACUGAAGAGAACUUUCAGGAUUGUACCAUCAUCACUGUAGCCCACAGACUGAGCAGUAUUUUGAAGUCGGAUCGGGUUUUGGUGAUGGACGAUGGCAAAGUUGUGGAAUUCGAUCGGCCUGACUGUUUAAUGCAGAAUUCGGAAAGUUUGUUUUCGCAGUUGCUCAGGGGGAAUCAAAGAACUGUGAUGUAUACUCAUGCUAUUUAA